CAGCCCACCCACAUGACGAAAUGGAGAUGCAUCUGGUGUUGCUCUCCCUGGCUUCUUUGCCCUUUGUCUUUUUCACUUCUCCUUUAAUGGUUGAAGCCUGCAGAAACGCCACCAGUAGUGAAUGUGCCAAAGCUCAGUUUGUUCCCGGGCACAAUCUGGGAGGUGAAGGUUUCAACAUCGUCACCAUGAAGCGCACAGGUGCCUACGUCAUCAACAUGGAUAAGGUAGACCAGGCUGGCGGUACUUGCAUGUUGUGCACAAACACCCAUGAAAACAACGUCCAGCAAAAGCUGCCUAUUUCGAUGGUGGAUUGGCGCCCUGUUCCUCGGUGCAAGAUGAGGGUUUACAGCCAGGUGUACGAGUCCAGUGAGUCUCUGGUGAACAGCACCGGCUCUAGCAUUAAAAACGACUGGAAGGUGGGCCUGGAAAUAAAUGUCGAUCCCAGGUUCCAGCCAUCCAUGAUGCUUGGAGGAUCCCAUUCCAGAGCUGCCAAUUUUGCCAUGGAGAAAUCAAAGAAAGAUAAAUACAGCUUUGCCAAUCAUGAGGUAUACUGCGAAUUCUACAAUUACAGAGUGCAGUCCACUCCAGUCAUGAGUGAUGAGUUCUCCCAGUCCUUCAAGGCUCUUCCUAAUACAUACUCCCGUAACACAAAGUCCCAGUACCAAUCUAUCAUUGACAUCUACGGUACCCACUUCAUGAGACAAGUGUCCCUAGGAGGAAGGGUGAAGAGCAUCACGGCUAUCAAGACGUGCGAGGCUUCCUUGAAUGGCCUGACUGACUCAGCUGUGAAGGACUGCCUUGACGUGGAGGCGUCAGCUACCAUCUUACAAAAGGCCACAGUCAAGACCGAGGCUCAUUUCUGUCGUGAGAAACUGAAAAAGCUGACAAACUCGCAAAGCUUCAGUGCCAUAUUCAAUGAGCGCCACUCGGAGAUCAGUGGAGGGGACAUGGAUGUAGGGGACCUCCUCUUCUCCUCCACUUCAGAUCCCAAAGCCUACAGUCAUUGGUUUCCCAGUCUGAAGAAAACUCCUGAUGUCAUCUCCUACUCCCUCGCACCUCUCCACAAACUUUUCCCUAAUGAUCCCCGGAGCAAACAUCUGAGGUCUGCUCUGAAAGAUUACAUUUUUGAGCACGCUCUUUUGAGGAGCUGCUCCAGUAAGUGUUCAGCCGGUUCACAUACGAGCGUCAGGGAGCCCUGCAACUGCAUAUGUCACGGUGACAAUGCCGUAAAAGUCAACUGCUGUCCUGUUGGAAAGGGGCUGGCUAAAUUGACUGUGAAAAACAUGAAGGCUACAGGCCUGUGGGGUGACUAUCUUACGAAAACUGAUGGUUCUGUGAAGGCUUCAUAUGGUGAAGAAUUUCAACGUACUGCAGUCAUCGACAACAAUGACAACCCUGUGUGGAGAGAAACAUUCAACUUUGACAACAUCAAGCUAUCCAUGGCUAAAAAACUCAUAUUUGAAGUCUAUGAUGCGGACUUUCAUUGGAACUCUGACCUGCUGGGAAGAUGUGACAUCUCAUUGAAAAGCGGGAACCACAAUGGCAUGUGUGUCUUGAAUCAUGGCACUUUGUACUUCUCCUACAUGGUGAAAUGUGCCCCCAGUUUAGGUGGUGCAGAGUGUGGCGACUAUAUUCCUUCUGCUAUGAGCACUGAGCUGACAAAGAGUUACGUGUCCAGAAACGCCAUUCACGUCCCGCUAAGUCUCUUGCCACAACUCUAUCAUGACUAUGUUCCGUGGCCAUUGAAUGGGACCCAAGAACAUACAGUAAAGAACCCUGACUUGAGAAUGAAGAACAAGACGAUGCUUUCUCCAAUAUGAAGAGCUCCCAAAUCCCAGAAGCAUUGGGGGUCAAGUGGCUCAACCAAUCACGAGCUUGGCGCAAUCAACCUGCUCAGCAUCACAAGCAACCCC